CGCUUCUCCAGACCAAGCAGGGUCAACUCUGCAUACUGUUAUGACAGCGUGGAAGACAUUGCAACAGUAUUUAGCUCUACAUUACCGUGCACUCUUAACAUUACAUGCCAUAUCAUUUGCAUUGUUGUUGUUUGCAGGGUUUGUUGCAGCAAACUGAGUACCAAGACCAUGGGACGGAAAGUGAGCCUCGCUGCCUGCUCGUUGAAUCAGUGGGCUUUGGACUUUGACGGAAACCUGCAGAGAAUCCUGAAGAGUAUUGAGAUUGCUAAAGCUCAUGGAGCCAAAUACAGACUGGGCCCAGAGCUGGAGAUAUGCGGCUAUGGCUGCGCAGACCACUUCUAUGAGUCGGACACGUUGCUCCACAGCUUCCAGGUCCUGCAGAAGCUUCUAGAGUCUCCUGUCACCCAGGACAUCAUCUGUGACGUGGGGAUGCCCAUCAUGCAUCAUAAUGUGCGCUACAACUGUCGAGUCCUGUUCCUCAACAGAAAGAUACUGCUAAUCAGACCUAAAAUGCUGAUGGCCAACUCCGGGGUCUACAGAGAGUUGCGCUGGUUCUCACCUUGGAGGCAGUUAAGGCAGGUGGAGGAGUAUUUUCUUCCCCGAAUGAUCCAGGAGGUAACAGGGCAGGAUACAGUCCCAUUCGGUGACUGUGUGCUUUCCACCAAGGACACCUGCAUUGGCACUGAGAUAUGUGCAGAGCUCUGGAACCCCAAAAGCCCGCAUAUUCAGAUGGGCCUGGAUGGGGUUGAAAUCUUUACUAAUUCGUCUGCCAGCCACCACGAGCUCCGCAAAGCUGACCUACGAGUCAACCUGGUCAAGUCGGCCACCAUCAAGAGUGGCGGUAUCUACCUGUAUUCCAACCAGAGGGGCUGUGAUGGAGACCGUGUCUACUAUGACGGUUGUGCCAUGGUGGCCAUCAACGGAGACAUCGUGGCACAGGGAGCACAGUUCUCACUCGAUGAUGUGGAGGUGAUUACAGCCACUCUUGACCUUGAGGAUGUGCGGAGCUACAGAGGAGAAGUGUGCCAGCCGAACAUGGAAAGUGAACCCAAACCUUGCCACAGGGUCAAAGUUGACUUUUCUUUAUCAAGUGGUGACGAUAUCUACCUCCCUACCCACCAGCCAAUAACAUGGCACUUCCAUUCACCAGAGGAAGAGAUCAGUCUAGGGCCGGCCUGCUGGCUGUGGGACUACCUAAGGAGAAGUGGACAGGCUGGUUUCCUGUUGCCUCUGAGUGGAGGAGUCGACAGCUCCUCCACCGCCUGCAUUGUCCACUCAAUGUGCGCGCUGCUGUGCCAGGCGAUAGAGGACGGCAACAGCCAGGUACUGGAGGAUGUUCGCAGAGUGGUAGGGGAUGACUCCUACCGUCCCCAGCACCCCAGGGAGCUGUGUGGUCACAUCUUCACCACCUGCUACAUGGCCAGCGAAAACUCCUCAGAGGACACAUGCAGCAGGGCCAAAGGCCUGGCCAAUCAGAUCGGCAGCACACACAUGAAUAUUAACAUCGAUAUGGCGGUGAAAGGCAUUCUGGGUAUCUUCUCAGUGGUUACUGGAAGGUGGCCUCAGUUUCGCGCCAACGGAGGAAGCCACAGAGAAAACCUUGCUCUGCAGAAUGUACAGGCCCGAGUCAGGAUGGUCCUGGCCUACCUGUUUGCCCAACUGAGUCUGUGGGCUCGGGGGAAGCCAGGUGGAUUGCUGGUGCUGGGCUCAGCCAACGUAGAUGAGAGUUUGACAGGGUAUUUCACGAAGUACGACUGCUCCAGUGCCGACAUCAACCCAAUAGGAGGCAUCAGCAAGACGGACCUGAAGAGCUUCCUGCUCUACUGUGUCGAGCAGUUCCAGCUCACCGCUCUGAGAGGCAUCCUGUCUGCUCCGCCCACAGCUGAGCUGGAGCCGCUGACAGAUGGACAGGUGUCUCAAACAGAUGAGGCAGACAUGGGGAUGACCUACUCUGAGUUAUCUGUGAUUGGACGGCUGAGGAAGAUCUCAAAGUGCGGCCCCUUCAGCAUGUUCUGUAAGCUCAUUCACACGUGGAAGGACACGCUCUCACCUGCAGAGGUGGCCCAGAAGGUGAAGCACUUCUUCCGGAUGUACUCGAUGAACCGCCACAAGAUGACCACGGUGACGCCGUCCUACCAUGCCGAGAGCUACAGUCCCGACGACAACCGCUUUGACCUCCGACCUUUCCUCUACAACACGCGCUGGACCUGGCAGUUCAGGUGCAUCGACAACCAGAUACCACUGUUGAGGGUUCCUUUGCUGGUUGCUGCUGCUGGAGGGACAUCCUGGCAGACUGGAGCAAAAUAUACACCCCCUGAGGCAGAAGCUCUAAAUGCAGGAAGUGGCUGAAUUGGAACGUACCAAGUUUCUGCUACAAGAGAUUUUGUGUCCCAGAAGACAGCAAACACCCCAAAGCAAUAAGAACCCGGGGUCUUCAGAGUCCGGUGAAAAUCCAUAAUACUGUGACAGAGAAAAAGGAUUGAUUAUUUGGUGAUUUAUGUGCCGCUUUCGGUAAAGCCAAAUACUCUGCACUGUGUUGGUAAGCAAAAGGCCAACAGGAGAAAGAAUCAUUUUUUCUGGGACUAUAUCAAACCUCUGUUCUACCUCAGUGUCACAAAUGUUACAUGGGCUAUCAUUCCCAGAUGUUGCUAAGGAGCAUGGGACGUUUUCCCCCAUGCGAAAUGCAGUAGCGCAUUCAUUUAUGGCAAAAUAUGCCAAAUGUGUGAUCACAGUGUAAGAAUAUUGGCUGCUCCACUUCUCCUUACCAACUAAAAUAAAAACAUUUUUUGCCACUGCAGGGGUUUUCAAAGUUGAUGUCAGAUUUAUCCUCUCUGUGAUAUAAUGAAUAUAUCUUUGUCAUAUAAGUUACUGUAUAUGGCGUUAUAUAAAAAAAUAGAUUUUAUAUUCAUAUUGCGUCCCUUAAAAGACCAAUAUAUAUACAGUCUGUGCAGUUAUUUGCACUAUUAAUUUGUUUAAUGGGUUGAACUUUAAUUGUAAUUUGAAUGUUUCAGAUGUUUUAAUCUGUUUAAGAAAAACAGCAACACUAAAUUCUUCUUGUCAGGUUAGCAUGUUAGCAUUUACUAAUUAACACUGGGUUUUAGUAGUUCUGCAGUUAUUUGAUUACAAGUCUGCGUAUUGUACAAAUUUAAAUUAAUGCCCGAUGAUGACGCUGGAUGGAAAGUCAGAGGACCACCAACAUUGCUACAUCCUCUGGGCACCAUGAAUGUCUGUACAAACUCCCAAAGUCAAUCCAUCAAAUAGUUAUUGAGAUGUUGCAGUCAAAGACACAAUUGUCAACCAGAUGGUGACCCUAGACAAAAAGUCAGGGAAUUAACAAAGUAAUCAGGAUUCAUCCUCUGGGCACCAUGAAUGUCUUUACAAAAGAACAAGGCAACCCAUCCAAUAGUUGUAAAGAUGGGUUCAAAUUUUGCAACGUCUAUC